AUGCGCAGUGGAUCUUCUUUCGCCCUUCGACUAAUUUCACCACCCGUCUUUCUUCCUUUUUGCUUUCUCCCUAUCUCCUUCCGCCAUAUCCCUCCCCAGCCCUUCACGAUUUCCGGCACCCCUACUCUAUCCCCUCCUUCACCCAUGGCGUCUCCCCGUCCUCACAACUUCGGUUCCCAAGGCUAUCCUCUCUCGAACGGUGCGACGCCCUCUGGUCCGGCACCCGGAGCCACGCCGCUUCUUCCCAACAAUGGCAGAAUUAUUCAGAAUGGACCGACUCGGAUUCUGUGCAUUGCGGACGUGCGAGGAAACCUGAAGUCUCUGAAUGAGCUGGCGAAGCAAGCUCGCGCAGACCACAUCAUCCACACGGGUGACUUUGGUUUCUACGAUGAUACUUCGCUGGAGCGCAUUGCAGACAAAACCCUUAAGCAUGUGGCUCAAUAUUCCCCCCUCCUCCCCGAGAACGUGAAGCGGUCAAUCGCACAGGUUCCCCCUCAGCAGUCGAUUAAGCAGCGUUUCACUCCGGACCAGCUACCCCUCUCUGAGCUGCCCAUGCUCCUUGACAAGCGCAUCACCCUUGAUGUUCCUGUCUACACAGUUUGGGGUGCUUGCGAGGAUGUUCGUGUGUUGGAGAAGUUCCGGUCGGGCGAGUACAAAGUGGAUAAGCUGCACAUCAUUGACGAGGCCAACUCGCGGUUGCUGGAUAUUGGUGGUGUUAAGCUGCGUCUGCUUGGACUGGGUGGUGCGGUGGUGAUGCACAAGCUGUUUGAUAACGGUGAGGGAAAGACAACAAUUGCCGGUGGCCAGGGUACUAUGUGGACGACGCUGCUGCAGAUGGGCGAGCUGAUUGACACCGCUAACCGAGUCUACGACCCGUCCGAGACCCGUGUUUUCGUCACCCACGCCUCGCCUGCCCGUGAGGGCAUGCUGAACCAGCUUUCCGUCACUCUCAAGGCAGACUUUUCUGUCUCUGCUGGUCUUCACUUCCGCUACGGCUCUUCCUACAACGAAUUCUCUGUCAACCCUUCUUUGGACCACUACCGUGGCAAGCUCGCAGCCUCGAAGGCAUCUUUCACCGAUGUUUGGGAGACCGUGCGGGGCGAAGUAGAGUCAGCCAUUUCCUCCAACGAGGCGCAGAAGACUUUACUCGACAACGCUCUGGAUGUGGUACAGAAGAUGCCUUCCAUUGCUAACGGCGGCAACCCCUUCGGCGGCCCUGUUGCAGCUGGCAACGCCGCUGGCCAGGUGGACGAGAGCGCUUUCAAGAAUAUGUGGAACUUCAACCUUGCGGAUGCUGCCUUUGGAUACCUGGUCCUGGAAAUUGAGGGUGGUCGGAUCGCGACGGAGAUGCGGGCUCAAGGUUUCAACUUUGCCCACCGCAGUGGCAAGCCUGCGCCCGGUGGUGCUCAGCCUGUUGCCAGUGGUCUUCCUGCUACCACUGCCUCUCCUGCCCCCACUGGCGCGGGUGGCCGGCCUACCGCAAACACCCCCCAGUUUGGCCAAGCUCCCCCCCCCGUGGUGGCUCUGCCGCCGCCUGCGAGCCCGCAGCCCCCUACUACCACAUCCGCUCAGCCAGCGGGUGAGGAGAAGGUCGCUGGUGCCGACACUAACGGCGCCGUUCAGCAAGAGAAGCCUGGCGAUUCUCCCGCUCCUCGUGGCGAGAAGAAGCCCAGCAACGGGCUCUUCGUGUCCAACGUUGACAAUGAGCAGGCAGUCCGUGAGAUGCUUCCCGAGGAGGACCAGGCUAAGGUUGUCAAGAUUGAGAAGUACGGCAAGUUCAACCAUGUCGUGACAUUCGCGACUGUGGAGGAUGCCAAGGCUGCUCUCGACCGUCAGCCCAUUGAGUUCAAGAAGCCCACUCCUGGCCCCGGCCCUCGCAAGCCCAACUUCAAGUUCUUCGAGGACCGCAGCCGUGGCCAGGGCAAUGCCGGAACCUGGCAGAGUAGCACCCGCGGUGGCGCUAGCGUCGGGCAGCGUGGCUACCAGAGCGCCAGCGAUAGCGAGGGUGCUCGCCGGGGUGCAUUCGGCGGCCGUGGCCGUGGCCGAGGUGAUCGGGGCCGUGGCGGCCGUGGAGGCCGUGGCGGUAGCUUCAAGGGCAGUUCGGCUGACUCCCCUGGCCCCUCAACCCCAUCUGGUGAUAAGCCCGCCACGUCCGGUGGAGAUGCCUAA